GAACGAAUCUCCUCGCUCGCUCCCGUCGUGGUCUUCGUUUCCUCGUCAGCGCCGCCUCGUUGGCUCUCGCGCGCCCGCUUGCAUCCCGCGCCCUUCGUUCUUUCUCCAACGAGAGAGAGAGAGAGAGAGAGAGAGAGAGAGAGAGAGAGAGAGAGACGCUGCGCCAUUUGCCCACGAAGAGAAGGCGGCGGUAGAUGCAGAUUCCCGCCUCCAUUACUCGUUGAUUUUCGCUGAGCGGCCGGGCAAUCACUGCGCCACGUCAGUCGGCAACAGGGGAAGAGGGAAGCGGGCGGCGGCGGGCAGCAACUGGUGGGUUGGCGGGCAGCGCUGUGCGUCGUUAGCAGCCCGCGCGCGGGUGGGCGGAAACGAGAUUGUGCGCGACGUUUGGCGGGCAAAGUGCGUGUGUGAGAGCUGUGGCGGCGAGAUUGUGCGCGAGAGCUGUGGCGGCGGGUUAGUACCGUGAUUCGCCUGAGCGUGGUAAGCGACGGACGGACGGUUUUGGCGGGAAAGCGUAUGCGAAGGUGCGGGGGUGUUGAAGAGCGACGACGGUUUUGGCGGGAAAGCGUAUGCGACGGCGCGGUGGUGUUCAAGCGCGACAUUUUUGGCGGGACAGCGGGCGCGAAGGCGCGUGGGGUUGACAGUGGCGGACGCCUGGCGGCGAGCGAGCGAUGUCGGGAUCGAGGCCGGGAGAUGGCCGGACGAAUUGCGGCCCUGGUAAUUUGUGAUUCGUAUCCAGUGAUCGGUCAUCGAUUAAUUGAUUAAUUGAUUGAUUGAUUGAUUGUUUGAUUGAUUGAUUGAUUAAUUGUUUGAUUGAUUGAUUGAUUGAUUGUUUGAUUGAUUGAUUGAUUGAUUGUUUGUUCGAUUGAUUGAUUGAUUGCUGAGGAGCAAUCAGAAGAGAGAUUCGGGUCGUGGAUGGUUGCGUGCAGAGCGCGCGCAAUGACACUGGCAAUCGGCAAUUUCCAAGUUUUUUUUUCGUUUUUUUCCCCGAGUUUUCUUCUGAGGUCUGUUCCAGUUUCCGGCGGUGUUUUGGUGUGCAAAGGUAGCAGCUUGGAUUAUCGUCUUUCAUGACCGAUUUCUAUGUGUGAAGAGUAAUUGGCGCAAGAAUGAUGGCAAUUGCGUACGUUAAUUUUGUCGGUAAAUUUUACAGGUAGUGCUUUGAGAUUGUUGAUCUGAACGAAAUUGGGGUUGUUGGGGUUCUGCUCUAGUGGGGUAUUACGGAGGACAGAAGUCGGUAGAAGGUGCGGAAGCCCUUGACAGCCAAACCCCACCAUAUUACUUAAUUGGAGGGUCGGCGGGAGAAAGCGUGCGAACGGGCCGACGAGGGAGGAAGGGGGAGUUAUAAACGAAGAGCACAAUCACAAGAGAGGAAGAGAGACGGGCUCGAUAAUGGGAAGGAUCAUUUAGAAGGUACAGAGAGCUUGAAUGAAGUAAUUUGGAAGGAUUUGGAGACUGUUCUUGUCGCGCAGGGAUUAUUCUUAGGGCUGUGACUUGGACUCGAGAGGAGGACGGGAGAGCUUGCCUGCACAGAGUAGUAGGUAAAUAGGUAUGAAGCUGGCACGGUCGGCCGUGUCCGUGCCACGGCUGACAGGCAUGAAGAUCAAUCUGAUCAUCUUGGCCUGCAUUUUGCUUUUCGGCGGCUAUUACAUGUUUGCAGUGCUUUUUGAUGGAGGUGGUAAUCCCAGGUUUCUUCUCGACAAUCUGUGUGGAACAAGGACGAGAAGCCAACAAACUGAUGAUUCACCUGUGCAAAAUGGUUCUAAGGAUGAGCUAGGUAGAGAUAUGUACGCCCUGUUGUCGAAUGAGCAGAGGAAUCUUUUGCGGAGGUCUCAGGCAUGUGCGAGGCAACGGGAGCUUUGUGGCAUGAAUGCGAAAGAAGUCGGGCAGCUGAUUCUUGCGCCGCACGAUUGCAAGGCGGCCGGAAGGCGGUUCUUUUAUAAGAAUGGAUGGCGAACGUGGGAGGAGCUUCAACCGUUAGUGACGGCAGAAAAGGGGAGGCAGCCGCAUGUUUGUGUCGUUGGUUGCUUUGCGAACGAAGUUCCCUGCUUGCAGGAGCCAUGCUUGCUUCAGUUUUUCCUUCGGCCAGGUGCGUCCGACAUCAGAGUGCUCGAGCAGUUGUAUGAAAAGACGGAGUACUCUUUCGUAAGCGAGUACAAUCUGAUGAGGAUUUUAGAUGCUGGAGGGAACAUCGGAAUGGCGUCGAUGAUCUUUGCGAAUUUGUUUCCCAAUGCGACCAUUAUCGCGAUCGAGCCCGCCGGAACCAAUUACGAGAUGCUGAAGAUGAACGUCGGGCCUUACCCGAACGUGCAUCCGAUCAAUGCGGCGCUUUGGAACACGGUCACGCGGGUGAACGUCGGCAAUCCGGGGUUGGGAAACGAGUGGGGGACGAUGGUCUGGCAGUCGAAGGAGGGGGUGCCGGCUUUGACGGUGGACCUCAUUCAGGAUCUGUUUAACAUCGAUCAUUUUGAUUUCACGAAGAUUGACAUCGAAGGGGCGGAGAAGGAAGUCUUCACGGUAUCGGAAGAGAACCCGAUGACGUGGUUGCGCAAGAUCCCACUUGUUAUGGUGGAAAUGCACGACUGGAUGAAGGCCGGCUCGUCCGCACCGGUUUUGCAGGUGUUUGGUAGUGGAGAGAUAGGAGUGGGAGGCGAAAAGAUGCAGUUUAAGCAAAUUCGGGACUACGGAAUGUGGAAGGCUUGGGAGAACAGUGGGUUGGUCGAGGACAUACGAAGAAAACAGCCUUGAGCAGGCCCGUAGCGGAGUUGUUUUAGGAGUUGGAAACGUCGCAGCGUGUCGUCCUUCCAGCGGCUGUCGGUGUGUGAUCAUGUCGGCUGUCUGAUGUGCUGAUUACUGUGGCUGCUCUCGCGACGCUGAUGCGGGGACGGAGAGCAUUUUUUUAGUCUAAGCGCAUUCACACUUGUAUGGUUGCAUAAGGAGCUGAAGGAAGGUGGACUCCGAGGAGAGGAGGGGACUGGGAGGAGAUGGAAGAGGGCGAGGAGAAGGCCGAGCGGUGGGUGCCGGUUGCUCUGGCGCCUGUUUUUCUUCUUGCAGUCGCUGUCUAGAUUGCAUUUUAAAUUUCCAUAACUUGCACAUUUGUUUUGUUGGGUGGAGCGGACGGCCGUCACGGUGGAGGGGGAGGAGUAGGGGGAGGAGGACGAGGAGAAAGAGGAGGACAAAAGAUGAGGAUUAGGAGGAGGAGGAAGAGGAGGAUAAAAAGAGAGGAAGAGGAGGAGGAGGGAUGGCGAGGGAAGGAGUAUGGAAAAGAACGAGGAGGAAGAGGAGCAGGGUCGGUGAGGGAAGAAGAAGUAUGUUCACCGCCAGGUUGGAUUGAAUUCUGGUUUCAAAUUGCUUAAAGAUUCGACGUUUGAGUUAUUCUGGACUAGAGAGAUCUUGGCACAUUUUUUGUCAUCGUGAAUGACAGCUCUUUUGAUCAGAUUUUUUUUCAGGCGCAAGCGUCUCAGAGAUGAUCAAAUAUAUCUGGGAAGGUCCGGAAGCCAUUUCGCAGAAAGCCAAUGGGUGCUUCCCCUUGUGUAUCGUCUGGUAGUAGAGCCAUGCCCUCCCCAAGUGGAGAAAGAAGACGGGUGAGACAUCGAACGGCGGCAUCAGCAAGGAGAAGGCUACCCACCCCAGACCAGAUAGAAGAAGAGCCCUGGAAUAAAGUUGUUGUUGUUUGUAGUAAAAAUGAGGUUUAAAAAAAAAAGGAAAAAUAAAGGCACUUGUGUUUCUUUUACUGCUGUCUUGGUUAACUACGCUGUGCAGCCGGGGCUGUUCCAUUUUGCCGGGCUGCAGAUCUGGGCAGGGGUUGGGACUAGUAGGAGAUGUCUGCGAUCGUCUACUGGUUAUUAUAAUGGAAGCGCGGUGUGGUGGUCGCCGGUCGGGUUGUGGUGCUCGCCGGUCGGGUUGUGCACUCACUAGGGAAAGCUGGCCCUGCGCCAGCGCGGCUUGGAUCUGUGUCCAAACCUUUUUUUCUCCACCGUGACGUUAGUUUGCGCAGUGCUGCAGGCAAAGGCGGGAAUUGCAGGGCUAGAGUCUUCGCCCGAAUACAACGUACGGUCAUUAUAGAUGAAUUUAGACUGAAUAAUGCCCCAAAUUCUGCUAUAAUGACUGUACGCUGUAUUCGGGGGAAGACUGUAGCAUUCUAGGUACUACAUGUGCUGGGGGAAAGGAUGAUGCACGAGAGCGACUCGGCGCCAUUGGAUCU